AUGGCGGGCCCGCUGCUGGAGUUCGAGACCGAGAUGUUCCUGAGUCUGUUCGGCUGCGACGGGCUGCUGGUGGCGGCCGAGGGGAUGGGGAUGGACCGCAUCCUGCUGCAGUUCAUGCGGGUUCACUCGGAGAAGGACAGCCUGGUCCUCCUGCUCAACACGACCACUCCCGAGCAGGAGUAUUUCACGGAGCAGCUGAGGGUUGAGGGCGUGACCCACCUGCCCAGGACGGUGACCAGCGACGUCCAGAGCACGGAGCGUUACACCGUUUACACCGAGGGGGGGGUGCUGUUUGUCACCAGUCGGAUCCUGGUGGUCGACUUCCUCACCGACCGCAUCCCUGCUCAUCUCAUAUCAGGCAUCCUGGUGUUCCGUGCCCAUAAAAUCAUCGAGUCUUGUCAGGAGGCCUUCAUCCUUCGUCUGUUCAGACAGAAGAACAAGACGGGAUUCAUCAAGGCCUUCACCGAUAAGGCCACAGCCUUCUCCUCCGGCUUCUGCCAGGUGGAGCGCGUGAUGAGAAACCUCUUCGUCAAGAAGCUCUAUCUGUGGCCCAGGUUCCAGGCAUCAGUAAACACAGCACUGGACAGGCAUAAACCGGAGGUGGUGGAGCUGCAUGUGUCGCUGACGCCCGCUAUGAGGGCCAUUCAGAGCUCCAUCCUGGACAUUAUGAGCGCCUGUCUGAAGGAGCUGAAACGCUACAACCCUACACUGGAGGCUGAGGACCUCUCACUGGAGAACACGCUUGGAAAUGGUUUUGAAAAGACCAUCCGUCAUUACCUGGAUCCCCUGUGGCACCAACUGGGAGCCAAGACCAAGGCCCUGGUCCAGGACCUGAAGGUGUUGAGGGUUCUCCUGCUCUACCUCACACAGUACGAUUGUGUCACCUUCCUCAAUCUGCUUGAGUCGCUCCGCUCCAGCCAAAAGAUCUUUGGCUCCAAUUCAGGGUGGCUGUUCCUGGACUCGAGCACUUCCAUGUUCAUGAAUGCCAGGGGUCGUGUGUACCGCAUGAGUGAGAGCAAGAAGAAACUCAAAGUGGGGGCAGAGGCUGAGAAACAGAAGUUACCCUCGACCUCAGAUAUGAAAAGAGUCCUGGUGCUGGAGAAGAGCCCAAAGUGGGAGGCUCUAACUGAAGUGCUGCAGGAGAUUGAGAGAGAGAACAAGAGCUCUGAACAUGAACCAGGUCGGGUCUUGAUCUGUGCCAGUGAUGACCGGACCUGUGCCCAGCUGCAGCAGUACAUCAGGCGCGGCUCUGAGGAGCUGCUCAACAGACUGUACGCUCGCACAAUCGGUAAACGGGACCCUGCCGCUGCCGCUGCCCUGGAGUUCGACACUCACAAAAAGGGCAAUGGCUGGCCCAAGAGAGGAACCAAGGGGAAAGAGCCUGCUCAGAGAAAAAACACAAAGUCCACGAAGAGUAAAAGCCGACCAUCUCUGACCCUCACCCAGAUGGUCGGGAAGGGGGAGGCGGCGGAGGCAGCAGCGAUGGGAAGCAGCGGAGACGAGGAGGAGUUGACGGAGGACGAAGAGGGCGAGGAAGGGCAACUGAAGCUGGAUUUGUCAUCUGACGCUUACUAUGGUGUCCUGAAGGAGCCGCUGACUGUCAUCCACCCACUGAAAGGCUGCACCGACCCACACAGCUUGACACGGGUGCUGCACGAGGUGGAGCCCAGUUUUGUGGUCCUGUACGACGCUGAAGUGAGUUUUGUGCGACAACUCGAGAUCUACAAAGCCACUCGGCCUGGAAAAGCACUCAGGGUGUAUUUCCUCAUCUACGGAGGGUCGACAGAAGAACAGAAGUACCUCACAGCACUGUCUAGGGAAAAGAAAGCAUUCGAACACCUCAUCAGGGAAAAAGCUACCAUGGUCAUACCAGAGGAGAGGGAGGGACGAGAAGACACCAACCUCGAUCUUGCUAGAAAUUUAGAGCCUGCCAACGCCACCACCAACACCCGCAAAGCAGGAGGCCAGGAGCAGCCCAAGGAGCCCUCCCGAGUCAUUGUGGACAUGCGUGAGUUCCGCAGUGAACUCCCUUCCUUGCUGCACCGCCGUGGUCUGGACAUCGAGCCUGUCACCCUAGAAGUGGGUGACUAUAUCCUGACCCCGGACACAUGCGUGGAGCGCAAGAGCAUCAGCGAUCUGAUUGGCUCUUUGCAGAGCGGCCGUCUCUACACCCAAUGUCUCUCCAUGACCCGUUAUUACAAAAAGCCAGUGCUGCUCAUUGAGUUUGACCCGGCAAAACCGUUUUCCUUAAUGGCUCGAUCGGAUUUCCGGCAUGAGAUCUCAUCUAAUGACGUCUCCUCAAAACUCACCUUACUCACUUUGCAUUUCCCCCGCCUGCGAAUACUCUGGUGUCCCUCCCCACAUGUCACAGCUGACCUCUUCCUGGAGCUGAAGCAAGGCCGCCUGGAACCCGACGCUGCAGCAGCUCAGGCAGUCACAGCCGAGUCGGACACGGUGGCUGAAUCAGCAGGGCUCUACAACCCAGGACCUUAUGACUUCCUGUUGAAAAUGCCUGGGGUCAAUAUAAAAAACUAUAGGGCCCUGAUAAGAAAUGCCGACAGCCUGGCAGAUUUAGCCAAACUCAGCAAGGACAAGCUCGCAGAAUUACUGGGAAAUGCGAACAACGCUAAGAUCCUGUACGAGUUUCUGCAUAAUGUUGCUGAUGUUCCUGCUCCAGUGCAGAGGAAAAAGAAGACAUAGGAAUAAUAUGUUUCUUAACACCAGGAUUGUAUUUGCUUUGUAAAGCUGGAUGAAAGUUAAAUUUCAGCAUAUUAUAUUAAUGUGCAGAAUGAAUCAAAGUAAUGCAGGUUUCUCUCUUGUAUUUUGGAAACUACUCUGUAGAUAUAUGCAAGAUAUGGAACUUUUAUCAUAUUCUUAAAAAGUUGUGGAAA